CCAUACGAGGAAGCGUAAUAAUUCCUUCCAGGUGCUCCGGUGUACCAGACUGCGCCGACAUGUCCGAUAAACUACCAGCGGAAACCACGGACACAGUUCUGAUACGAUUGGGCCACAAAGACGCCAAUAACUCGCCUCGAAAUUCCUCCAAAAUGGUCUCCCUAACUCAGAGCCUACUCAGGCAUUUGACGGCCCCGGAUCUGCUCUCUCAAAGCCAGUUGAAACGGUUGAAGGAACAUAAAUACUCGGCGGAAGGGACGUCGUUGUUCGAUGCUCCGAUGCAGGUUUUUUGGCGAUGGUUGAUCGAGCAGAUUCCGAAGACCGUAGCGCCCAACACCAUCACUAUCGCGGGGCUAGCGUUGAAUAUUCUCGGCGCUGUCAUUCUCAUGCUGUUCAGUCCAACUGCUACGGAACCGGCACCCAGCUGGGCCUACUUGACUGCAGCCGUGACGUUGUUUAUUUAUCAAGCUCUUGAUGCAGUUGACGGCAAACAGGCGCGACGUACGCAGACGAGUACUCCCAUGGGGGAGCUCUUUGAUCAUGGAUGUGACUCCGUCUCCAUAGUGUUUGUGUCCAUCGAGUUCAGCAUUUCCACACAGCUUGGCGAAUGGCCAGAACUGUUCUUCGUCACAACGGUCCUGUCCAUCUUGAUGUUCUACAGCGCCCACUGGCAGACUUACGUCUCGGGAACCCUGCACUUUGGAAAGUUUGAUGUAACAGAAUCACAGCUGACACUCGUAGCAAUCUUCAGUCUUUCGGCGUUUUUCGGCCCACAGAUAUGGGCUUACAAGGUUUUAGGAGUGGAACUGAAAGUUGUUGUGUUCAUGAUGGCAGUGGUCAUGGCACUGAUCGCCUUUCUGAGUUAUCUCAGAGUCAUCCUUGGUGGUGGAGGGAAAGGAAAAGAUGGAUCCACAGUUGCUGAUACCAGUGUCAUAGCCCCGGCUCUGCACAUCGGGUUCAUCAUUCUCUUGGCUGUCAUCAUCAAGCAGAAAUCUCACACCGGACUGUAUGAGAACCAGCCCUGCAUCUACCUGCUGAUGUUUGGCACGGUGGCCGCCAAGAUCACCAACAAACUUGUGGUUGCUCACAUGAGCAAAAGUGCCAUGGAUCUGCUGGACACCGUUUUCAUCGGACCGGGACUUCUCUUCCUCAACCAGUAUUUUGACACGCCGUUGCCUGAGCACAUUCUUCUCUGGAUCGCUAUGAUCUACUGCAUGGCGGACCUGAUUCGCUACGCCAUCCUCGUGUGCCAACAGAUAUCGGUAAAUCUCGGCAUUUACUGCUUCGACAUAACGCAACGCAGGCCCAUCCAAGUCAGUGCCCGACCCGCCCUCAAGUAAUGCCUCCAAUGUCCACCUUUUAAACUGCACUAUUUGUCUUUUUUUUAAACUGUGUUCGAGUAGCUUUUAUGUAAUGCAUUAUAGUAUCUUAUAAGGGUCUUUUGAAAUGGUUUUCUU